CCUGGGGGCGCCGCCUUGGGGCCGCUGUCGUGCCCGAGGCCUGUGGGUCUGCGCCCGCCGCGAUGCCGAAGAUCAAGGCGGGGACGAGCGGUCGCCGCCGCGAGCGGCUCAAGCAGAGCCGGGAGCUGAAAAGCGCGGGAGGACUGACGUUCAACACGGGGAUUGGGCAGCACAUACUGAAAAACCCUCUCGUUGUGAACAGCAUCAUCGACAAGGCUGCCUUAGGACCAACUGAUGUGGUGCUGGAAGUUGGACCUGGAACUGGCAAUAUGACUGUUGAGUUGCUAGAAAAGGUAAAAAAGGUAAUUGCCUGUGAACUUGACCCAAGGCUAGUAGCGGAACCUCACAAAAGAGUUCAGGGCACGCCUCUGGCCAGCAAGCUUCAGGUACUGGUGGGUGAUGUGUUGAAAACAGAUCUGCCAUUCUUUGAUGCUUGCGUGGCAAAUUUGCCGUAUCAGAUCUCUUCCCCCUUUGUCUUCAAGCUGUUGCUGCACCGACCUUUUUUCAGAUGUGCUGUACUUAUGUUUCAAAGAGAAUUUGCUCUCCGACUAGUUGCAAUGCCUGGAGAUAAAUUAUACUGCAGACUCUCAAUCAACAUACAGCUGUUAGCACGUGUGGACCAUCUGAUGAAAGUUGGAAAGAAUAACUUCAGGCCACCACCCAAGGUAGAAUCCAGUGUGGUAAGAAUAGAACCUAAGAACCCACCACCACCCAUCAAUUUUCAGGAAUGGGAUGGCCUAGUAAGGAUCACCUUUGUUAGGAAGAACAAGACACUCUCUGCUGCAUUUAAGUCAAGCGCAGUGCAACAGCUAUUGGAAAAAAACUACAGAAUCCACUGUUCGCUCCAUAAUAUUAUAAUACCAGAAAAUUUCAGCAUAGCAGAUAAAAUACAGCAAAUCCUAACCAGCACAGGUUUUAGUGACAAGCGGGCCCGUUCCAUGCACAUAGAUGACUUCAUCAGAUUGCUACAUGGAUUCAGUGCAGAAGGUAUACAUUUUUCUUAGCUUUCUGGCAAACAGAAUUUUCCAAACUCAAGAAAAAGAAACUGGAAUUAUAUAUUUUUUAAUAAUUUGAGAAGAUGAACUAUGCCUUUGCUUCAAUGGAACACUAUAUAUGCUUGA